GAGCGACAUUGCUUUCCUCAGCACCACACCUGCCCUUUAAUUCCCCUACCUCAGCUUUUCAACACUAUCCAGCUUGUCUGACGCUACGUCUUUUGUUUCAUACUUGCACUGCUAUAUCGGCUGAACCACUGCCUUCUUAAUAUUUAUUCCGCAAAGAACAAUCUCCACUUAGCCAUGAAGAUCACUGCAUCUGUCAUCAGCCUUCUUGCCGCCAUUCCCGCUGCGCUUGCUGUCUGGCCUAUCCCCCGCACGUUCAAGGAGGGCACUUCCAACAGCCAAGUCACCUAUAUGUCCAUCUCUGUCCAGGGCAACGUUGGCGGCGUUGUGCGUGACGCUGUUAACCGCUACUCUGACCUCAUCAACAAGGAGAGCUUCACGGCUCCUGAAGACUGGAACAAGGGUAGUGUCAAGACCAGCGGCAGUUUUGGCGGUCUGGUGGUCUCUGUUGAGAACAGCAGCGAGACCCUAGAUCUUGGCACCGAUGAGUCGUACACUCUCGAUAUCCCUGUCAGUGGCCAGGCUACCCUGAAGACAAAGACGCCGUACGGUGCUCUGCGCGGUCUUGAGACUCUCUCGCAGCUGGUUGUUGCCAACGGCAAUGGUAAGGCAAUUCGUAACACCCCUAUCCAUAUUGAGGAUUCGCCAGCAUUCCCUCACCGCGGCCUGCUGUUUGACACGUCGCGCAACUACUACUCGAUUGAGUCUAUCAAGCGCACUCUUGAUGCCAUGUCGUACAACAAGAUGAACGUGUUCCACUGGCACGUCGUGGACGCGCACUCAUGGCCGAUUGAGUCAAAGACCUACCCCGAACUGGCUCAGAAGGGUGCCUACGCUUCCAGCAUGCAGUACUCGUAUGGAGACGUCAAAGACCUAAUCCAGUAUGCCAAGAACCGCGGUAUCCGUAUCAUUCCCGAGUUCGAUGUUCCGGGCCACACCUACAUUGUUGGUCAAUCGCACCCGGAGAUCAUGUCGUGCCUGAACGUUCAGCCUGGGUGGGACAAGUUCGCUGCUGAGCCGCCCAGUGGCCAGCUCAACAUCGCCAAGGAGGGGUCGAUUGAGUUUGCCAAGAAUAUCUAUAAGGAGUACGCUGCUCUGUUCCCUGACAGUGUUAUCCAUGUGGGCGGUGAUGAGGUCAACAUGCACUGCUGGGAGGCUGAUCCUGAUGUUCAGAAGUACCUGGCCGUCAACAAGAACGCAACUGUUGAGAGCCUGCUGCUCGACUGGUAUGGCAAACUGCACGACUAUGUUGGCAAGGAUCUGAAGAAGACUGCAUUCACCUGGGAGGAAACCCUGUUCCACCACCCGUUCAAUGCCCCCAAGGACACAAUUGUUCAGACCUGGAUUGACCCGACUUCGGUUGCAAACACUGUUGCCAGGGGCUACCGUGCUGUUUCAUCCAUCUAUUCGUACAUGUACUUGGACUGCGGCCACGGUGCCUGGCUGACGAACUGGGACGGCAACUCAUGGUGCGAUCCGUUCAAGACCUGGAUGCACGUCUACAACUACGAUAUUCUGGCCAACAUCACCGACCCGGCGCAGCAGAAGUUGGUGCUUGGUAGCGAAGCUGCUAUCUGGUCUGAGCAAACUGACGAGCAUGCCAUUGAUCCCCGUAUUUGGCCCCGUGCCGCAGCUGUCGCCGAAACCACCUGGUCUGGCAAGGCUGGUGCGGAUGGCCAUGUUCGUACCACUGGCGAGGUUGCUUCGCGUCUGCAUGCCCAGCGCUACCGUAUGGUUGGCCGUGGCAUCAACGCCGAGCCUAUGCAGCCGCUGUGGUGUGCUCGCCACCCGGGCCAGUGCAACCUCUCUUAGACGGGUGCAUACUGGCGCUGCUAUCUCUCAAUAGCCCAAUCCUCAGAUUAUCUAAAUAUACUUUUUCUGUAUCAAGCGA